UUCCAGCAACUUCGUCAGAUUGUUCAGCAACAACCGCAAAUGCUUGAGCCCAUCCUUCAGCAGCUUGGUGCCGGUAACCCCCAACUCGCCGAGUUGAUCGCCUCAAAUCCCGACCAAUUCCUCCAGCUUCUCGGCGAGUAUGCCGAUGACGACGUCCCUUUGCCGCCUGGAGCUCAGGCUAUUUCAGUUACCGAGGAGGAGCGUGACGCCAUUGAGAGGCUUUGCCGUCUCGGAUUCGAUAGAGAUGCCGCGAUCCAGGCUUACUUUGCCUGUGAUAAGAACGAAGAGCUCGCUGCCAACUUCCUCUUCGACCAACCGGAGGACGACGAGCCUGCUCCUAACAACUAG